AUGAAAAUAUCAAGAGGAGGAACAUCUGGAAAAAAAAUGACAACAUCUAAUUUAAGAGGGCACAUCAAAGUAUCCGUUAGCAACAGUGUUACAGUUAUUCUAGAUCAAAAACAUCGAUCUAAGCUUGAAGAAACUAUUAAUAAGCAUAGGAAAUGGACUUCAAGUGAACAAAGAGCUCAAAAAAAAACUAUGCUUAUCGGAGAAAUGAUAUGUGUAGACAUUCAGCCGUAUUCUUUAGUUACAGAUCAAGGAUUUAAAAAACUAAUUAUGCAUAUUGAACCAAGGAUAAACUCAGAGUUUAAUUCUAUGACAGCUGUGCUACAACUUAAAAAAAUAACAGGCUCUCAUACAGGUGUAAAGAUAUCAAAAUUUCUAAAAGACUCUUUAAAUGAAUGGAAAAUACCAACUAGCAAAGUGUACUUUGUCCUGUCUGACAAUGCUGCUAAUAUGAAAUUAGCCAUAAAAGAAGCUGGUUUAGAAAAAAAUUAUCUAAGUUGUGUAAUCCACACUCUUCAGCUUUGUGUAACCGAUAAGCUUUUCAAACAGCAUACAGUUGUAAAUGAUCUUACAGCUAAGUCUAGAAAAAUUGUCACACAUUUUCAUCAUUCACCGUCUUCCAUGGAUAUGCAACAUGAAAUGCAACAACAGCUAAAGUUACCCCAACAUUCACUUAUACAAGAUGUAGCAACAUUAUAG